AAUAGAUAAUAUUUAUAGUACAUUACUCUCCUCAAAUCAGUUUACAUAGAAACGUGUCCGUAUCAUUCAUCAUUUUUUUAAUAAAUGUUUUUUUUAUAAAAUGCGUCUAAUAUUUUAUGUUGUACUUUGCACAUUAGAAUUAAUUAAACAUACAGAAUGUGUUGAAGUAGAAUCUACUCAUGGUAAAGUGUCAGGAAAAUUAUUAAAGACUUUAUUAAAGGAAGUUGAAUAUCAUGGAUUUAUGGGAAUACCAUACGCUGCGCCGCCAUUAAAGGAUUUACGAUUCCUGCCGCCGCGACCCGUCGACCCUUGGCCCGGUGUUUUGUCAGCUACCAGCGGGAAAAUACCAUGCAUUCAGCACAGCGGAAACGUAAAGAGAGGUCAACGUAUCGGCUCCUACGGCACCGAAGACUGCCUCUACCUCGACAUCUUCACCCCCGCGCCAGACAACAACAAACGUCCAGUGAUCGUAUUCCUCCACAACGAAUACCUCAAAUACGCCUACAACAAAACCAGGGAUUACGCCCCCGACUUUUUCAUUGAAGAAGACGUCGUAAUAGCCACAAUCAGUCAUCGCCUCUCCGUAUUAGGAUUUCUCUCCCUGGACGACGAAGUUUUACAAGGAAAUGCCGGAUUGAAGGAUAUUGUAACGGGCUUAGAAUGGAUCAGAAAUAACGCCGAUCGGUUCGGCGGUGACCGUAAUAGAAUUACCCUGAUGGGAUCUCAAGGAGGCGCUGUCGCCGUUGAUCUACUUAUACAUUCAAAUGCUAGAAAAUUAUUCAAUUCUGCCAUAUUACAGGGUGGCACCUCGUGGGCGUCCAUGUAUUUGCAAGAUAAGGCUCGGGAGCGGGCGGUUAAACUGGCUGAGAUAUUUGAGAUCCACACGAAGAAUAGCGAACGACUAUUGAAGGAACUUUGCGAUAUUCCGCCAAAGGAUUUGCUAGUAAAGGAUCUAGAGGCAGUUCCCAAAGAUUACAAUAAGGAAAAUCAAAGGAGUUUGCUCCCAUUCGGGCCAAUUGUAGAGAGAGAGGGCGGUCUUGUUACUGAUUAUCCCGAGCGCUCCUCCGAAAUGGACGUCCCUGUUAUGAUCGGAUUCAACUCUCGAGAGGGAUUAGAAAAGUCACUGCAAUAUCUCAUUGAGCCGAAAUAUCUGAGUUUUGCUGAGAAAGACUUUGUUUUGAUAAUGCCAGAGAGGGAGGAUUACAGAUUCGACCCGGAAGACGAGGCUUAUUACGAUGCAGUUAAAGAUAUUAAAAACUUUUAUUUUCCUAAAGGGAAAGUUACGAUUCGUAGGGCUCCUGAGUAUGUCACGUAUAUUGGAGAUGUAUUUACAGUUCCUAUAGAUAGUAUGACGAAACAUUAUGCUAAAAUUUCUUCUGAGCCUGUUUAUUACUAUCAUUUUGAUUUAGAUAGUGAUUUGAAUGAGAAUAAGAAGGAUGUAAUGAGACUAUCCACAGUGGCAGAUGGCACGUGGGGUGCAGCGGCGGGCGAUGAACUGUGUUACUUGUUCAAGUGCCCGAGAUUGAAGGACAAUUAUUUGAGGCAUCAUAAGAAGGAUUCCGAAGAAAUCUCGUUUAUAAGAAAAAUGGUCAGAAUGUGGACCAAUUUCGCUAAGCACGGGAAUCCGACACCAGAGGGCGACAUUGUUUUGGGAGACUUGAGAUGGCCGCCUUACACCACAGAUAAUAAAGAAUAUCUGCACAUAGACAGAACAAUAACAAUAAAACAAAAUUUAAAUAAAGACAGGUUCCAAUUUUGGCAGGAUUUUUCAAAGAAAUGGAAGAAAAAAGCUGUAAACGGUGUUGUUGUAUCAACAUCGGAAAAUAAAAGAGAUGAAUUAUAA